AUGAAACAUCCAUUUCAAAUACUACUAGCCAACGAAUUAGGAACUCAUCUAUAUGCAGCAGUAAAAAACCACAUUAUAGUAUAUAACUUAAGCACAGGAUCUCAAUUGGGUCAUUGGUUUGAUGAACAACAAUCUCAACAUAUAAAUGAUCAACAAAUACGUAAAACUGGUAAAACACUUACAGCAAAAUCCAAAAUAUUAAAUCACAUUAAAUGUUUAUCCAUUACAAAAGAUGAGAAAUACUUAAUUGCAUCAACGGAUUCAGAUAAAUCAAUAUUAAUUUUUGAAUUAAAUUUCAUAAACCAAAAAAAUUGUCUAAAAUUAUCAAAAAGACAACCGAUGCCCAAAAGACCAAGUUCAAUAACAACAACAACCAACGAAGUAAUAGUAGCUGAUAAAUUCGGAGAUGUUUACUCAAUACCUAUUGAUUCAAAUGAACCAAAAUUAGAAAAAAAUUUACAACCUUUAUUGGGACACGUUAGUAUGUUAACUGAUGUAUUAGUCACAUCACAUAAUAAUAAACAAUUCCUUAUUACUAGUGAUAGAGAUGAACAUAUAAGAAUUUCCAAUUACCCUAAAUCAUACGUCAUAAGAAAUUUUUUAUUAAGUCAUGAAAAUUAUAUAUCAAGUUUAAGUCUUAUUAAAGGUACUGAUUAUUUAAUAAGUGGAGGAGGUGAUGAUUAUAUUUUAGUUUGGAAUUGGGUUACUGGAGAACUUAUAACAAAAUUUGAUAUUAAAUCUGAAGUAGCAUCAUACUUAACGGAUGAUCAUUUCGUACCUGAGAAAUUUAGAAUUGAUGAAAGAACUACUGAAAUCAACAUAAGCAAAAUAUCAAAUAUGAAAAAAGGUAACAAAACACUAGUUCUAGUAUUAGUUGAAAAAUUAUCAGUUUUAGUAAUCUUGGAAUUUGACGGAAAAGAACUCAAGUCAAGCCAAACUAUACAUGCUUAUUCACCAUUAAUAACAUUCACUAAUUCUAAAGACAAGGUUAUCGUGUCAAUAGACCCAAAAGAUCUGGAAGAAUCGGAAGACCUAAAUUAUAUUUACUUUGAGAUUUACAAGUUUAACAAAGAAAAUGAACUACUUCCUGAUAAUGACUCACUGCAUGUUGUACGGAAAAUUGAAUCACAUUUUCCUGUUGAAGUUAAAAAUAGAGAAGAAUUUGCUGAAUUAUACCCUGUUUCUGCUUUAAGAAAAAGAAGUGAACAUUAA